AUGAGGCUGCGCACUCGACCCUCCCCUUUACUCCUCCUCCUUAUCCCAUCCCUCGUCGCUGGCCUCGCCGUCGAAACCAAGGACAAGAAUGGCGGCAAGGCCGUAGCUUCCACCGAAAAGGCCACCGACUCGACCGUCACCUCUGGCAUCAAGACCAGAUACGGCACCGAUCACGCGCCUGUCGAUGGCAAAGAUGGCAUGCCCCACGAGGGUCCCUUCGUUGACCAGACCCGAGAGACCAAGAAAGAGAGUGCCGAAACAGAUGGCAAGAAGGGAUUGCCUCCCUUGAAGGGACGUCCGUCCGACCCAACUGUUGUCGAUGGCAAGAAGAUUCCCGAGACCAACGACGGUGUCAUGAACGACAAGACACGCCAGAAGCCCAAGGAGGGAACCACGGGCACCGAAGGAGGUGUCAGCGAAAAGGAUAAGGCGCGCAAGGCAGCCGAGGGCCGGACUGGCGAAAAGGCCGACAACAAGCCCGAGGCCCCCAAGGAGAAGCCCCCUCUGCCGCACAGUGAACAGGAGAAGCUUUCGAGCGAAAAGGACACCACCACUGGCAAAGAACACGAUCAUGACCACCACACUGCCGACGAGGUUGCGGGGCUCGAAAAACCGGCCGGCCUCCCUGACAAGCUCGACGACAAGCCCAACCCGCUCCCCAACUCGGCGCACAAGGACCACUUGGAUCUUUCAAAGUCCAAGGGCAAAUCUUCUUCCAGCCUCGACGACGAAGCUGAGGGCGUCAUUCAACCCUUCCACUCCUUCGUCCUGUCUCUCACCAUGAUUCUCGUCUCCGAAGUUGGCGACAAGACCUUCCUUGUGGCUGCCCUCAUGGCCAUGAAGCAUGAUCGGAUGGUCGUUUUCUCCGCCGCCUUUGGUGCUCUUUUGGUUAUGACGGUCUUGUCGGCCGUUCUCGGUCACGCUGUCCCGACUUUGAUCCCCAAGCGUGUCACCAGCUUCCUCGCUGCUGGCCUGUUCUUCGUCUUUGGCGCCAAGCUCCUUCGUGAAGGUUUGGGCAUGGACCCUAAUGAGGGUGUGACUGCCGAGCUACACGAGGUUGAGCGCGAGUUGGCCGAGAAGGAGAAGGAGGGUAAGAGACGGGGCUCUGCGGUGUCUCCCUACGCGCUGGAAAUGGGCCUUAACGGCAGCAGGAAGUCUAGGUCUAAGAGCCGUUUCCCCUCGCCCCCGCGCUCGCCUUCCUCUUCGCCACCUCGCAGCCCUUCUCCUGGUUCCGGUGGCAUCAGAGGCUCUCUUAACGGUCUGAACAACCUCCUCGGUCUUCUUCUCAGCCCUGCUUGGGUCCAAACGUUUGUCAUGACUUUCCUGGGUGAAUGGGGCGACCGCAGUCAGAUCGCAACGAUUGCCAUGGCUGCAGGACAGGACUACUGGUGGGUUAUUCUUGGUGCCAUGGUUGGCCACUGCAUCUGCACAGGUGCUGCCGUUAUUGGCGGCCGCGCCAUCGCAGGCCGUGUCAGUCUCAAAGUUGUUACGGUUGGUGGCGCUGUUGCUUUCCUGGUGUUCGGAUUCAUCUACUUCUUCGAGGCUUUCUAUGCAUGA